CCACUCAUUCCUAGCUGACCCGAUAACUUCGAUAGACAAUGAGUUCUUCAUCCCGCAAAACAGAAAAUUAAUAGAAGCUAUGAGCCUUAAUUACGAACAAAAUGCGGCAGAUGAGCAAUUCGCCCGCGCGCACAAGGCGGUCAGCCUGUCGGACGACGAGGAGAGUGAGGGCCAAGCGGAGACCACGUCUGCGGGAAAUCAGGAGCCGCAUGUCAGUAAAUCACCGCGGGAGUACUACGAUGAGCCUGGCGGGAAGGGCAAUGGAAGUGGAGCAGAUGAUCAGGAGGAGCCGGAAACGGAGACUGCCAGCGGAGCGGCCAACACACAUGUGGUGGCACACCACUACAACGAGCUGAAGGAGGCGGGCCGCAAGGAUCGCCAGAAGUCAAAGAUCUUCUUCAUGAGAAACUUUAACAACUGGAUCAAGAGCCAGCUUAUCAACGAGUACAUGUCGAAGAUCAAGCAGAACAAACGCAUGGGUGAUGCUCUCAGAGUUCUGGACAUGUGCUGCGGCAAGGGCGGUGACCUCCUCAAAUGGGAGAAGGCUGCCAUCUCCCACCUCAUCUGCACGGACAUCGCCGAGGUGUCGGUGGAGCAGUGCCAGCGGCGGUAUCAGGACAUCCUGCAGCGAUCGGAGAAGUCGAAGUUUGCGAAUAAGUUCACCGCGGAGUUUUUUGCCUGCGACUCCACAUUGGUGCGCCUGCGGGAGCGGUACAAGGAUCCUUCGCUUCAACUGAAUCUCGUGUCCUGUCAGUUUGCCUUUCACUAUUGCUUCGAGUCAAUGGCGCAGGCGGAUUGCAUGAUGCGGAAUGCAGCCGAGUGUCUGAAACCCGGUGGCUUCUUCAUAGCCACAAUGCCGGAUGCCUACGAGAUUAUACGCAGGCUUAGGGCAGCCGGUCCGGAUGCCCGGCGUUUCGGUAACGAUGUGUACAGCAUUGAAUUUGACUGCGAAACGGAUCCGUUGCCCCUUUUCGGAGCCAAGUAUCAGUUUCACUUGGAGGGCGUCGUCGAUUGCCCCGAGUUCCUAGUGCAUUUUCCCACGCUGGUCAAGCUGGGCAGAAAAUACGGUCUGCAGCUAAUGAAGCGCUCCACAUUUGCGGAUUACUACAAGGAAAAUCUGUACCACGGUCGGCAUCUUCUGCAGCGAAUGUCCGGUUUGGAGUCGGUGCAAGCGCAGCGCUGCGAGAAUGAUGAACAGUUCGCCCAUGUGGUGAACUUCCAGGGAGCACAGCGUAACAGGACGGUGGGAACCCUCUCGAAAUCCGAAUGGGAGGCAGCAACGCUUUAUUUGGUUUGUGCCUUCAAGAAAUGCAAAAACACCUGGGACACCAAUGGCAAACCAUUGUUUGAAUUUGACGACUGAUUAUUGCCAAAAACAUUCACGUUAUAGACUAUUAUUUUGUACCCGUGGCUUAGCACUUUUGAAGUUUAUACUCGAAAGAAACAGAUUAUUAAUUUCAGAAAAGAUUAGCUCGUAAAACUAAGGUGAUGUUUGUUUGUGUUCAUAGGUUUCAAUUCAAACUUUAUUGUCGAAAUGUACGUAAAAGACAAAAGCCACCAACCAAGCUACGAAAUUUGAAUGUAAAUCGAGAAUGUCAAGAUCAAUCUUAAUGGCUUUUACAUACAUUUUUUAAAGAGAUCUUUUACUUUUGAGUCCGUACUAUAGUUAGAAGAGAUGUAAUUAUAAAUAUAUUUUACACGCAUAUAAAUUCACAGGCAAGCAGAUUUACCGCUUACGGAAUAAUUCGUAAGCUGGAUGAAAACUAAUAAAAUAAUGGAAAUG